GCAGGGUUGGACCUACAGAUGCUGCAUAGUUUAUACACAUCUAGCUUCAGCGCAGAGUAGGCUGCUCUUUUAUCAAACUGCUCCUCAACCUUCGAUUACUGACAGACGCUAGUGUGACUUUCUUGUAAGGUGGUGCAGGCUGAAGAGAGGGGGCAGUAAAAGAUGGAGUAAUGUCCAGAUGCUGAACACAGGUGUGAACACAAUGCAACAAAGAGUAUGAUGUAUUUGAAGUAUAACAUAAUAGUGAAAUGUGUCAACAUAUGCAUGAUGCAGCUCAUCUAUCAAUGAAGACACAAACAAACAUUUUUUAUCGACAGUGCCCAAAGAGUUCAAGUGCACGUGGAUACAAGAGAUUUAUUAGACUUCAGGGUGGAAAGGAGUUAUUUUUUUCUGUGCGUGCUGCUUGUGGCUCCGCCUCAGCUUGGGCAGUGAAAUAUUACUACCCACAGAGCAGUUUAUAUUAACCUGUCAGCAUUUGAUCAGGGAAACUUCUGCUGCAGAUUCGUCCUCGACCAACUGGAGAGCUUUGAGAAAGGUCUCAAGACAACGAUGGAAAUGACCACUACCCCUUUCUAUCACAACGAUACAAGAAAUGUAUCAGGAAUAAAUUUCACUGAUGAGUAUGCUGAGCUGAGACAGUCUCUCCACAUCAUGUCUCUCAUUGUUUACUGCCUGGCCUUCGUUCUCGGUGUGUUCGGCAAUGGAGUGGUUAUCUGGGUGACCGGGUUCAAGAUGAAGAAAACAGUUAACACAGUUUGGUUCCUCAAACUUGCUGUGGCCGACUUCCUCUUCACAGCAUUCCUGCCCCUGGGUGUGACCUACCUGGCUUUGGAUUUCCACUGGCCUUUCGGCAACUUCAUGUGCAAACUGUACGGCACCGUAAGCUCCCUGAACAUGUUUGCCAGUGUCAACAUCCUGGUGGUGAUCAGUGUGGACAGAUGUGUGUCUGUGGUGUGGCCCGUCUGGGCCCGGAACCACCGAAGUGUACGCAAGGCAUCCUGUGUGAGUCUGGGUGUUUGGGUACUGGCUCUGAUUCUCAGCGAUAUAAACUACGUCUUCAGGGACACUACACCAUCACAUAAAGACCACAUCUUCUGCUUCACCAACUAUGGACUUUCAGAUGAUUUUGUAACACCUUCUGUGAAUCAGCUGCGACAGUUUCGUCACCAGGUCAUGACCAUCACCCGCUUCUUCCUGGCAUUUGUUAUCCCCUUCACUGUCAUUGUGUCCUCCUAUGCUGUGAUAAUCUAUUGUCUCAUAAGGAACCGCACCCUGGCCAGCCAGUCAAGUCGCCCCUUUAAGAUCAUUGCUGCCGUUAUCACCACAUUUUUCCUGUGCUGGGCUCCCUUUCACAUCAUGGCUCUAAUUGAGUUGGUUCAUUUCACUGGUCCUAAUCAAAGUGGAACAUUAGGCAUUGUCAUUGUUAUCGGUGUCCCUAUUACCACCAGCCUGGCCUUUCUCAACAGUUGCCUGAACCCGCUGCUGUAUGUGUUCAUGGGCCAAGAUUUCAAGGAUAAAGUCCGCAAAUCCAUCCUGAAUGUAUUGGAAACAGCCUUCCAGGAAGAGGAGACACGCUCUCAAACUGACACAAAGUCAGUGGACACCAGUCAGAUCAAUGACAAAUCAACUCUUAAUACUGAAGUAUAG